AUGACAACAUGGUUUCGCCUCGCUCGCAUCUCCCUGGACCCUCGCUACCCCGCUCACUCCUACCCCUCUCACUCCUACCCCUCUCACUCCCACCCCUCUCACUCCCACCUCCUCUUCCAGCCACCACUCGCUGCCAGUCACGUCCCCACAAUGCCCUCCGUCCCCACAAUGCCCUCCGUCCCCUCAAUGCCCUCCGUCCCUCCCCUUGUCUCCACCCCUCUCACCUAUUCCUCCCACUCCUCACCCCCAUCCGCCUCUGCCACCCCGCCUCCCCUGCCAGCAGCGACAGCCCCUCCCACAGCCUUGUACCAACCCUCUCUCUGCUUCCACUCCCACUCACCCCAUGCAUCACCCACCUUCCCCGCUCACCAUUCCCCCAUCCCACGCACCUCCCUCACCUCCCCUGCAAGCAACAGUGCGAGCAGAUGCGAGCAGGCGGCACGGAGGGCAGGCGACCCCCUGCUGGGAUGGGAGAUGGCUGCUGCCGCCCUCUGCUGCACCACCGCACACCGUGAGGGCGGUGCGGUCGGCACAUGGGCGGGAGAAACGGGGAAGAGGGGAGGCGGGAGAGAGGAGAUGCGUGAGGGAGGAGAUGCCGUUGAAGAGAAAAAGGGGCAUCACAAGCCAAACAUUCCAUCAGCAGUCAACUUCAUUUCAUCCAGGAAUAUUACACAGCAGCUUCUUAUUUCCACAAUGGCCGCCCUCGCCAACGCUGCCGUGCUCCCCUCCACCUUCGUCGGCCAGAGCGCUGAGCUCGCCGCCAAGGUGAACAAUGUCGAGGCCCGCGUGACGAUGAGGAAGACCGCCAAGGCGGCUUCCAGCAGCGCCUUCUACGGCCCCGACCGCAACCUGUUCCUGGGCCCUUACACUUCCCCCCCGUCGUACCUCACCGGCGAGUACCCCGGCGACUACGGCUGGGACACCGCUGGCCUGUCCGCUGACCCCGAGACUUUCGCCAAGAACCGUGAGCUGGAGGUGAUCCACGCUCGCUGGGCUCUGCUCGGCGCGCUCGGCUGCCUGACCCCCGAGCUGCUGGCCGGCAACGGCGUGAACUUCGGCGAGGCCGUGUGGUUCAAGGCCGGCGCUCAGAUCUUCUCGGAGGGUGGCCUUGACUACCUGGGCAACCCCAGCCUGAUCCACGCGCAGUCCAUCCUGGCCAUCUGGGCCACCCAGGUCAUCCUCAUGGGUGCCGUCGAGAGCUACCGCGUGGGUGGCCUCGAGGGCUUCCAAGAGGUUGAGGACCCCCUGUACCCCGGCGGUGCCUUCGACCCCCUGGGUCUGGCUGACGACCCCGAUGCUCUCGCUGAGCUGAAGGUGAAGGAGCUGAAGAACGGCCGCCUCGCCAUGGUGUCGAUGUUCGGCUUCUUCGUCCAGGCCAUCGUGACCGGCAAGGGUCCCCUAGAGAACCUGUCCGACCACCUGGCUGACCCCACCGUCAACAACGCGUGGGCCUAUGCCACCAACUUCACCCCCGGUGCUUAA